AUGUGUUUAUGUCUUUCAGACCUUUGUUUAAUAGUAUUAUCAAUAUUUUUCCCUCCAUUACCAGUAUGGAUAAGAAGAGGUGUAUGUUCAACUGAUUCUUUAAUAAAUAUUUUAUUAUGUAUGCUUGGUUUUUUCCCUGGAUUGAUUCAUAGUUGGUAUAUUAUAGCAAAAUAUCCACCACAUUUACAAUACGAUGAAAAUAAUAAAAUAUAUUAUGUUUAUAGAAACGAUUUAGAAAAUCAAACUCAACAUCAACAAGCUCAUUGUCAUCAUCAUCAUCACCAUUGUGAAGGUGAAGAAAGAAGUAUUAGAAAUGAACCAAACGGUGCACCACAAAUUAAUUAUGGUGCUGUUAAUGAAGGUAGUAGUAAUGGUAGAGUUGGUCAAGCACCUCCUGAGUAUUCAGAAUAUGAUAAUAAAACUCAACGUUAA